CUUUAAAUAGAAGAACCAAUCUAAGCAAGAAAGAUGAAAACUUUUACCCUUGUAUUUUUGUGCAUUGCGGCUUUUGUCGUAGCCGUCAAUGGUCUUGGAUGUGUGAACGAAAAUGGACGGUGCGGUCGCCAUAAUCGAUGCUGUGUUGGAUUAAAAUGUAACAAAGAAAGAUGUGAGAGAGAAUGCAGCCUAGAGGGAAACCAGUGUGAUUGGAACCGUCCGUGUUGCGACGAUCUUCGAUGCACAAAAGGCAAAUGUCAAAGGGAAUGUAGACGCGAGAACCAACAGUGCGGUCGAAAUAUUCGUUGCUGUAAUGGCCUUCGCUGCAAUAAAGAUAAAUGUGAAAGGGACUGCACCCUUCUAAACCAAAAGUGUAGUGGGGAUCGUUCAUGCUGUGAUGAUCUUCAAUGUAAAGGAGGAAGAUGUCAAAGGCAGUGCAGAAAUUCUGGACAAAAGUGUGAUUGGAAUAAUCGAUGCUGUACUGGACUGAGAUGUAAUAGACAUAAGUGUGAAAUUGAAUGUAGAGCAAAUGGAGCAGCGUGUCGUGAGUCAAAUCAAUGCUGUGGUAAAAAAUGCAAAAAAGGUAGAUGUGUAGGAAAAAGCGAACAUUAACAUUAAUUCCAAUUUUACUACCCCUACAAUAUUGGCCAGAAAAUUAUUAAGGACUUCAAUGGACUAAAACAACGAAGAAUGUAUAAUUUCAAUUUUUCAAGAAUAUUCUAUUCAAGAAAAAAGAUACAACUUUAAUUCUGAUCGAAAUCUUCGAUCAACAAAUAUUAUAUAAUCAAUA